AUGCAAGAGUUUGCAAAGGAGAUGGGUUUCAAAUUAUUAACAUCCACACCCUAUUAUGCUCAAGCCAAUGGGCAAGUCGAAGCAGCCAAUAAAGUAAUAAUUGGUUUAAUCAAAAAACAUGUAGGAAAGAAGCCAAAAAAUUGGCACAAAACUUUAGAUCAAGCGCUUUGGGCUUGUCGAACCUCCCCUAAAGAAGCUACUAACACUACACCUUUCCAACUUACAUUUGGACAUGAUGCAGUAUUACCUGUCGAAAUCUACUUGCAAUCAAUGAGAAUCCAAAGACAAGGAGAAAUUCCAUCUGACUUAUACUGGGAAAUGAUAAUAAAUGAGCUGGUGGAUUUGGACGAAGAAAGGUUGCAUGCGUUAGAAGUAUUAAGAAGACAAAAGGAGAGGGUAGCAAGGGCAUACAAUAAGAGGGUCAAAGGUAAAACCUUCAUUAUGAAUGAUUUAGUUUGGAAAGUUAUAUUACCUAUGGAUCGAAAGAAUAAAGCAUUAGGAAAAUGGUCUCCACAUUGGGAAAGACCUUUUCGAAUUCUAAAAGCCUUUUCAAAUAAUGCAUACGAAAUAGAAGAACUAACAGAGGAUCAAAGAAUCCUAAAAGUAAAUGGGAAAUACUUAAAGAAGUAUAAACCAUUUGUGCAUGAAGUUAAAAUCAUAACAACAUAG